AUGCCGAAGGGCGACGACCGUUUUCCUCAACCCGCCAUACACCUGCUUGCCCCCUCGUCCUCUCCGACGAUCCGACCCCAUUGUGCUACCGGACAACUCUCUCUUGCCCCGACGACUGCGACAACCACGGCGACGACGACCUCGAAAACGAAGGCGCCGAACAUUUUUGCUCCCGCCGCCGCCGCCUUUUCCAAACCCGUGGCUCCUGCCUUUGCCUUCUCCGCCGGCUCGAACGUCAAUUUCUUCCAGGGCCCGGGUACCCAGUCCUUCGCCAACCCUCGCUACCUCCCCGCCUCGCCGCCCCCGACAACAAACAUAUACACGCCGGAGGGGCCAUGGACAACUCCCGACAUUAGUCGGUAUGGUUUGACAUAUAGCGCUACAGCUUGCGAGAAUCCCUUUGACGCCGUCUCCAAGUCCCUCUUGACGCCCACGUCCGAUCCCACGUCUCCCGUCACAAGCUCCCCCCCAGCACCACAAUCGCGCCCGCGCUUGACAAGGCCGUUGACCCUGCCGGGGAAGCGUCAGCCAGAUGAAGAGACGGCCCAGAUCCAGGUACACUCGUCGCCGCUGAAGAAACCGCGUACCCGCCUAGCUCCUCCGAAAAGCAUCGACUUACCCAAGGCACCCUUCCCAUCAGCCAUAUUUGCGAGACAGAACCAAAGCGUCACCUCCCCCCUGUUCUUUUCUUCCUCCUCCACCAGGAGACAGAUGCCCCCUCGCCCAAACCCUCUACCCCCCUCCGACGCUGCCGCUGUCCUGCUGGCUCGUCUGAGGGAGGAUGCCGAUGGAAUCCACACCGUUCGUCUGCCCCGCGGCACCAUUAACACACAAAGCCCGGCCCGGUCUGGUAGCACCCCCGGGAGCAGUAGCUUGUCGUCCUCCGCAGAAGCGACGUUAAACUCGUCGCGGAGUCCCAACAGCCAAUCCGUCCCUCCCGGAUUGCAAAUACUACGGGGAAUCGGCGUCGUCGAGCUUCUCGAGCAGGAUGAGCGCCCUACAUUCAUUAUAGACCUGGCGAAUCCGGUCAACACGCUGAGAUCCGCCCUCCACCUGCUCUAUGCUAACGCGGCUCUUCGAGCGUCUGUUGGCGUUUUGGAGUUGCUCUCAGUGGAAGGUGAAGAGGCCGCCAAGAACCCCCAAUAUACUCAUUUCAAAGCUUGGGUCAUGAGCUUUGUCAAGAACCAGGAAUCAAUGGAUGUCUGUCUUCCCUCGCACAGUUAUGGCGGCAUCACCUGGACCUGCUCAACCCUGCGCAAACGCUUUCGAUUCGUCAGCGGUAACUUGAGUGCCGUGUCGACGGCGCCUGAUUCACCCGGUCCGCUCGCUGAAGAGGCGGCCGUCCUUGAGCAGCGGAGUAGAGGCCCAACUCCGCCACAAUCCAACAACGUCCAGAUGGAUGACGAGCCCGACUAUUUCGGCGACAUCGCCUCCGAAUCACACGAGUUGGACGACGCACAAACCGGCGAUGACUGUGUGAUGGUCGAUGAUGGCGAGAGGCACCAUACCGACGAGUUCACCCAGCAAGUAUUUCAAGCUGCCUUUAUGAAACCGUCCUUUGAUUGGACACGUAUACAAAUUACACCCGACCUGAACAAACACAUCCUUUUCUGCCGGAAUACUGACUGGGCUUCUACACCGCUCGGUCCUAUCGAGCACUGGGGUGCCGACUUGAGGGCUAUGGCGAAUAUGGUCAUGGGCAGCCCCCACCCCGCAGCCAUGUACUGGGGCGUCGAGAAUAUCAUCAUUUACAAUGAAGCGUACGUUGAACUCGCCGGUCAGAAGCACCCUAACCUCAUGGGUAUGCGGUACAAGGACGGCUGGUCCGAAAUAUGGAACGACCUCGAGAGUGUGGUCAGUAGCGCCUGGGAUAAUGGCCAGUCAGUUAUGAAGAACGACAAUCAGCUCUUCAUCAUACGACACGGAUUUUUGGAAGAGACCUUCUUCUCUUGGUCCAUCAUCCCACUGCUAGGCUCUGAUGGCCAGGUUGUGGGACUCUACAACCCGGCUUUUGAAAACACCCGCCGCAAGGUCAACGAACGCCGCAUGUUGACACUGCGGGAAGUUGGUGAGAAGACGGCUGCCGCUAAAGACGUUCGGAGCUUUUGGCCAAGAGUCAAGGAAGGUCUCGAAUUCAAUGACUGGGACGUACCAUUUGCCCUCAUUUACUCUGUGAAAGAGGAUAACGAGAGUGAAGUAUCUUCUAUGCACUCCGGGAGCAUCGCACACCCACCCCUUUUGCAACUGGAAGGCACGUUGGGCGUACCUGAUGGGCACUCAACAGCUCUCACGCACCUCGACCUUAAAACCUCAGAUGAAGGCUUUGCGCCUUAUAUGCGCCAGUCCAUGACCAUGCAAGGAGCACCCAUCGUUCUCUCAGCGGAGUCUGGUAAUCUGCCAAGCAAGCUGCUCGAGGGACUUGAGUGGAGAGGCUUCGGGGACCCAUCCAAGACGAUCGUUAUCCUGCCUGUUCAUCCUACCACGGCUGGUGAGUCUGUGGUGGGCUUCAUUGUCUUGGGCACCAACCCUCGUCGGCCGUAUGACGAUGACUACCAGCUCUUCAUUCACCUCUUGUCCAGACAACUGGCAACGUCGAUGGCGUCGGUCGUGUUAUUUGAGGAAGAGAUCAAGAGGGGCCAGAGGGCUGCGCGCUUGGCCGCACUGGAUCGCCAAGAACUGCAGAUGGAACUAUACCUCAGAACACAAGAGGCAGUGGAGAGCGAAUACAAAUUCACGCGAAUGGCCGAGUUCGCACCGGUUGGUAUCUUCAUUGCUAACGACAAGGGCGACAUUAAUUUCGCCAACGACAUGUGGUGGCAAAUCUCGCGGCAUCCACGGACGGAGGAUAGCGUCAACACCUGGAUGCAGAGUGUGAAGGAUGAAGAUCGCCCGAAUGUUGAGCGUUCUUGGAAGAAGCUCAUUGAAGAUAAGGAGGCCAUCACCAUCGAGUUCCGUUUCAAGUGCAGCCGUCAGAACGGAGUCAUAACUAUCGACACCUGGGUUCUGCUGAGCGCGUUCCCGGAACAGACCGAGGACGGUAACUUGAAGAGCAUCUUUGGCUGCAUCACAGACAUCUCGCCCCAAAAGUGGGCCGAGGAUUUCCAGAAACAGCGCAGGGAAGAAGCGGUCGAGCUCAAGCGACAGCAAGAGAACUUUAUCGACAUAACCAGCCACGAGAUGCGCAAUCCCCUCAGCGCGGUUCUUCAAUGCGCAGAUGAAAUCGUCAACAGCAUUACCGAUUUCCGCGCACAGCAGAACAACGACGAGGAGCUGGGGACGCUGUUGGAUAAUUGUACCGAAGCCGCCAACACCAUCAAUCUUUGCGCGAGCCACCAGAAGCGUAUCGUGGACGACGUGCUCACCCUCUCGAAACUCGAUUCCCAGCUGUUGUUAGUCACGCCGGUCGAUUCGCACCCUGUGACUAUCGUGCGGCACGUUAUAAAGAUGUUCGAGUCGGAGCUAAACACGCACGACAUCCGUCUAGAGUUCUCGAUUGAGCAGGCAUACCUUAACCACGCUGUCGACUGGGUUAGACUAGAUCCGUCGAGACUAAGACAAGUCUUGAUCAACCUCAUGACCAACGCCAUCAAGUUUACCCAAGGUCGCGAGAGGCGCGAGAUCACAAUGAGGAUGAGCGCUUCAAAAGAUAUUAGCGAAGUAACCGGAAAGGGCGUCUCAUUCUUCCCCAGUCGCAAGGAAGAUGUCCGAGCCCUGACACAGGAGAAGGAUUGGGGCAAUGGAGAGGAAAUCAAUCUUCACUUUUCUGUCCAAGAUACGGGACCGGGUUUGCGUGAGGAUGAGAAAAAGCUGCUCUUCCAAAGGUUUUCGCAAGCCUCGCCACGUACUCAUGUACAAUAUGGCGGCUCAGGUCUUGGUCUCUUCAUAUCAAGGAUGCUUGCGGAGUUGCAAGGCGGCCAGAUUGGCGUCAUCUCAGAAAAGGGUAUCGGCAGCACCUUUGCAUUCUACGUUAAAUGCCGGAAAACGCCAGCCCCCAGUUCAGAAUCGGCAACGCUCUGCGCUCUCAAUCUCGCAAGACCCGCGAAAGCCCUGCCGACCUCUUCCCCGUCGACUCCACCUCCUACCACCCUGCCGCGGCGAACUUCGUACCGGAAGCCGCAGCCUGACGGCCCCGCACCUUUGGAUGUGUUGAUCGUGGAAGACAACAUUGUCAAUCAAAGAGUUCUCCAGAAACAACUCAAGAACUGCGGCAACAACACUCAUGUUGCGAACCACGGUGGCGAGGCUCUCGAUCAGCUGAAGAAAUCUCGUUUCUGGUCCGGAAAGGAGGCGGAAGGUUUCGACCUGAGCGUAAUUCUCAUGGACCUCGAGAUGCCUGUUAUGGACGGAAUGACAUGCGCGAGGCGUAUCCGCGAGUUAGAAAGAGAAGGCACUCUCAUCUCACACAUUCCCAUCAUCGCCGUUACGGCUUACGCGCGACCCGAGCAAAUUGCAAGCGCAAAAGCCGCUGGCAUCGAUGAUGUGAUUUCGAAGCCCUUCAGGAUACCGGACUUGAUACCCAAGAUUGAGGAGUUGGUUGCGAAAUACAACACUUUAACUACUGCAGACUCAGUGGCCUCGGCAUAA